AUGCUGGGGUGUCGCCAACUUCUCCAGUCCUCUACUGCCACCAUCUUCCUUCUCUGGAUCUUUGCCGCUGACCUGGGCCCAGGCUGUGGGGCGCUUUGGGUGGACCCCGGCAAGCCCUCCCUGACUGUGAGUGUGGGCGACAUGGCCCGACUCGAGUGUCCAAACAACGGCAGUAACCCCAACAUCACCUGGUGGCGCAACCUCCAUGCCCUCUCCAGCAUCGGGGCCCACAAGCUAGGACCCAAGGGCGAGCUCAUCAUCAGGAAUGUGAAUAAGGAACACCAAGGCGUGUAUCACUGCAGGGUGACAGACGGGGGCAAGAAUCGGCGCUCCUGUGGCACCUACCUGCGUGUGCGCGAACCGAUCCCCAGGCCCUUCCUGGACAUGGGGGAAGGCACCAAGAACAACAUCCUCACCGCUGAGGGCGUCAUUCUGCUCUUCUGCGCUGUGGUGCCUGGAACGCUGCUGCUGUUUAGGAAACGAUGGCAGAACCUGAAGUUCGGGGUGGAGGUCCAGGAUGACUAUGAAGAUGAAAAUCUCUAUGAGGGCCUGAAUCUUGAUGACUGCUCCAUGUACGAGGACAUCUCCCGGGGCCUCCAGGCCACCUACCAGGACGUGGGCAACCUCCACAUCGGAGAUGUGCAGCUGGAGAAGCCCUGA